GCCCUCGUCGUCAGAGCAGCAACCGGUGUUUUCUACCUCUGAACCAGCUGCCAGGCGCCAGUCUUCCCGAUAUCGUUGCAGUUGCUUAAUCAGUUUUCCGAAAAACUUCAAUAUGCUCAAGAACGUUGUCUCCCUGGUGACCGGUGGCGCCUCCGGUUUGGGCCGUGCCACCGUCGAGCGUUUGGCCAAGCAGGGCGCCAGCGUUGUGCUCGCCGAUCUGCCAUCGUCCAAGGGCAACGAUGUGGCCAAGGAGCUGGGCGACAAUGUCGUGUUUGCCCCGGUUAAUGUUACCUCCGAGGAGGAUGUGACCGCCGCUCUCGAAUUGGCCAAACAGAAGUUCGGACGUCUCGAUCUGACAGUUAACUGUGCCGGCACAGCGACCGCCGUGAAGACCUACAACUUCAACAAGAAUGUGGCGCAUAAGCUGGAGGAUUUCCAGCGGGUGAUCAAUGUGAAUACCGUUGGCUCGUUCAAUGUGAUCCGCCUGUCCGCUGGACUGAUGGGCGCCAAUGCACCCAAUAAGGAUGGGCAGCGUGGCGUCAUUGUGAAUACAGCAUCGGUGGCCGCAUUCGAUGGCCAGAUUGGUCAGGCGGCAUAUUCGGCGUCGAAGGCCGCCGUUGUUGGCAUGACGCUGCCCAUUGCACGCGAUUUGAGCACGCAGGGCAUCAGGAUCUGUACGAUUGCGCCGGGCCUAUUCAAUACGCCAAUGUUGGCGGCACUGCCAGACAAAGUGCGCACAUUUUUGGCCAAGUCGAUACCGUUCCCACAGCGUCUGGGCGAGCCCAGCGAGUACGCCCAUCUAGUGCAGGCCAUCUACGAGAAUCCGUUGCUCAACGGCGAGGUCAUUCGUCUGGAUGGUGCCCUCCGCAUGAUGCCCUAAACAGGCAGACGACAGACACUCCACUUGAGAUCAGUUUGCAUUUAUAGGAGCCAAUUAGCUCAUUUUUUUUUUAUUUGGUUUCUUCUAACACAUAAGCUAAAAAGGAUCUAUUUUUGAUUGGUGUGAAUUUUGAAAAGUCGAUAAAGUAUAGAUUGCAAAACUAAAA